CCUGUUUGUCCGCUUCCUUCAUGGUCUCACUGUGGAGUCCAACCAGAGAGUCUUAGAAGAUCUGCUGGGGUCAGACAGAGACCAGUCCAGAAACCAUCCAGAGAAUCAUCACCAACCUGAAGGAGAUGAACACUGAUAGAAUCUCUGCUGACAGAAGCAUCAACAUCUUCUACUGUCUGGUGGAGAUGAACGACGUCUCAUUUUAUCAGGAGAUCCAACAGCUGCUGGAUUCAGGGCAGUAUCUCUCAGUGACUGACUGUUCAGCUCUGGCCUUCAUGCUGCAGAUGUCAGAGGUUCUGGAUGAGUUGGACCUGAAGAAGUACAAAACCUCAGAUAAAGGACGACUGAGACUGGUUCCAGCUGUGAGGAACUGCAGAAAGGCUCGACUUGGUGGCUGUUCGCUCCAAAAGGCUGAAUGUGAAGUUUUGGCCUCGACUCUGAAGUCCAACCCAGAUCUGACUGAACUGGAAAUAAAUCAGAUCGAAAUAUAUAUUGCUGGAGAAUCUGAUGUGAAUCAUCUGGUUGAGAUCCUGGAGAAUUCAGUCAGUAAAGUGAAGAAUCUGGGAUUGAUUGACUGCAGUUUCUCAGAGACCAGCUGGACGUCUCUGUUCUCAGCUCUGAAGUCCAACCCGACCCAUCUGACAGAACUGGACCUGAACAGAACCAACCUGGAAGGUUCUGGACUGAAGGAUUUCUGUGGUUUUCUACAAACUGAAGGCUGCAGACUGGAGACAUUGAGGUUGGAGGACUGCAGUUUGUCAAAGAUCAGCUGUGAUUAUUUGGUCUCAGCUCUGAAGUCCAACCCGACCCGUCUGACAGAACUGGACCUGACAGGAAACAACCUGGAGAAAUCAGAUGUUCAGCAGCUGAUGGAUCUUGUAGAGACUUUAGAGUGGAAUAAACCAUUUUUUCUCUAAAGUAGAGAACGUCUCUGUGUCCUGCUGAUCCUCACAGGUUGAAGCUGCAGCAGUUUGAGUCUAAAGAGACUGGAUCAUGAUGACCUCUGACCUCAAAGGUUUUCCUCCUGUUUAUUUCCUCAUGUCUGUCAUUUAGUGUCUGAUGUUGUUUGAAAAAAGAAAAAGUAUCUGGAUCUUGACCAGGAAUGAAGUUUUUUUUUUUCACAAACAUCAGAACAACAAAAAGUUCAUGAUUUGCAUUGAAAUUUUAUCCAAACUGAAUCUUUAAUUCAGAUCUGUUCACAUAUAUUUGCAUAAAUUAAUUAAAAAUAACUAAAAAUGUAUU